AAAAUAAGGCAGUGAUUCGAACUGCUGUACAAUUCUGUGCAGUACAAGCGGCAGCCAUUCAGUAGAACGUUCUGUCCGCAACGUUCUAUUCGCUGUCAGAACGUUCUAUUCGCUGUCAAUGCAUUCAAUUAAAUCGCUGCGCCGCAUUUCAUUUCCUGCGGGCUUCCCUUUCUAAAAUGAUAGCUCUAUCCGGUUUGCUACGUAAGCAAUGACUUCAAUCGGGCGGGCGGGGCUGUGGCUAGUAGGAGACGUUAUAAGGAAGGGAGAUUAGUCAAUGGCUGUAUGCAGAAUCGUACUAUAAUUAAAGCUAAACAAACAGGGAAAUAGGCAGAAAGAGUGAGGGAGAGCUGCUGGUGACGGUUUCAUAGUCUGCAAAGGUACAGUGUAACUGAGAUCAGAGAGGGAGAAACGAAUCUUGUGAUCUUCUCAUUGACUGCAAAGACACAGUGUAUCUGAUCAGAGAGAGCUCCUGGGAGAGACUGCCUGGACUCCGUAAUCUCAUUUUCUGUCUGCAAUCAGGAAGCAGAGCCUCCAGUGACCCUCUCCUGGCAGAGUGACAGCCUGAUAAGACCCUGCAUUGACCCAAACGAAAAGAGAGAGAGAGAGAGAGAGAGAGAGAGAGACAGCUGUGAGUGGUUGGAGUGUAGGGGGCGGUGUCUGGCUCUGUAUAUGGAUUGUCCCAUUCACUAUUCUCAGCAGAUCAGCAUGUCUGUCCGUUUACGAGAGGAGACUUCUCAGAUCCUGGAGGACUUUCUCCAACAUCACCUGGAUGGAGGACAACAGCCACCCCCCUGUCCUGCUGCCCAGACCCUGCGGAGGGUAGCCGGGGAGAUGCUGGACAAGAACCGCUCCUUUUUUGACUCGUGCAGCCAGAUCUCUGGCAAUCCUAAGGAUGUUUUACAGACUGUGGCCGCCACGCUCAUAGAGGAUGGGGGGCUGAACUGGGGGCGCAUUGUGUCUCUUAUCAUGUUUGCUGGAGUUUUGGUAAAAGGGUCAAAGGAUCAAAGAACUGCGACCCCAAAGGAACUAGCCGAGGUGCUGAGCCAAUUCCUGGCAGAGGAGCAAAGAGACUGGCUUCAGAGCAACGGGGGAUGGAAUGGGUUCCAUAAAUACUUCAGCAACAAAGGUGCCCUGCCCGGCCAGGACAAUAAUGCCAUAUCCGGAGCCCUGGUAGCUGUAGCAGGGUUUGGACUUGCUGGUUUGGCGUUCCUUCUGGCUGUACGAUAAAUCUGGACAGUCUCGAAAGAUCAUCUGGAGAAUUCUGAUCCUCAUCCUGGGAAUCCUACACGUUGUACAAUAAAACCAACAUGAGCUGACCUAGACACUGUUUACAAAGCAAUGAUUUCCACUGCCAUUCUUGUUUAUUAUAGCUAGUAUUAUAUUUUUUUAUGGAAUGCAUAAUUUUAAUUUAACUUUUUUUUUUUUUUUUUUUUAAUGUGUAAACCGACACAGAACGAUAUGAGCUGUACAUUGUAUAAACGUAACUGAUUAAGGUUUCCCCAUAGCAGGCCAGCAGUUAUCCCAUAUUUUAUUUGGUUUCUUAAUUAGAAGGGUAAAGUCAUACUGUACACAAGUUGACCAUACAAUUCAAAUUAAAUUCAAGAACCAAAAAAAUCAUAUAUGCAUAAGCAUUUUUUUUUUUUUUGUUACACAAUUUACAAAUGUUACAAUUUUUUUUUUAUAAAGCACGUUAUACAGCGAGGUAAAAAUAUAUGAAGACAAAAACAAAAUAAAACCUCUCUGAUCAGAUCUGGAUUUAUCUUGUAAAAACUGGAAUUCUUUAAUAUGGAAGGCAAAUCAUGCUUACUUUUUAAUGUCCUUCUAAAAGACCAUUAAGACUAAACCACAUGUUUAACGGUCUAUCUCUUCUACAUUGUAUCAUGCUAUUACUAGACAAAGGAACACAGACUACAGAGUAUACUGUAAUACCUGAGCUCAAGAUUCCUUUCAUUCAGUAUUUGACUCUACAUAGAUCUUUCACUCUACACCUUCUAGCUCAAGAUGCCCCAAUGAACCACGAGCUCAAGAUGUCUCAAUGCUUGGCCUAUGAGCUACAAGCUCAAGACUCCCAUUAACUCAAUCCCAAAUGAGCCACAAGCUGCAGAUGUCAAAGUAUAGGCCUUGAGCAAUGCUCCCAUCUAAUACUACACCACAGCUAACUACAUUUUCUUGUAUAAACCAUUGAAGAGGCAUAAGGCUGUGUUGGUUCUCUUAGUGAUGACAACUUUGUGUUUAUUCUUACCAUUAUUUGGGUAGACUUUUACAGCCAUGUUUUUCUUCUUUUGGAAACAGUUCUAGAAUAAAAAAUUGUAAUUAAAUGUUUUUUGUUUUGUUUUAAAAUAGAAAGCUGACAAUGUUAGUUAAUUUUUGAAUUGCCAUCAAUCUGUAAUAAACGGUCAUCUAGUGAGAUUAAGUUAACUUCAGUCGGUAAUUUUAAAUAUAAUCUAUAUUGAGUAUUUAAUUUAUAGUGAGAUACAUUCCAUUUUGGCAACCCAUGGGAGUCUGGCAUUUCCAUGCAUAAGCACUUUGAAAUUCUAUAUUGGGCCAGAGACAUAUGUUCUAAUAUAUUUUCAGUUAUCUCUGCCUCAUAUCAAUUAUUUAACUAUUUUUGUGAGGGUUUCCUCUCCCUCCUCUCCUGACCUUCUUCUUCUCUAACCCUUGUUUCCUUAACUUAAAUAAAAUGCUUCUAGUUUUUAUGAA